AUGAGUGGUAAUCAUCAUAACUCUACUGCAGUUCGAUUGGCUUAUGGAUCUAUUGCUUUCUUCUUAACUGCUCUUCAUAACAUAUUUAUUAUAUACUAUGUGGACCUGUUCAUCACUGUAUAUAAAAUCGAUCAAGUAUCCUUUUGGAUAGGGGAGACGAUAUUCUUAAUAUGGAAUUCACUCAAUGAUCCCCUAUUUGGAUGGAUAAGCGAUAGAAAAUCCUUAUCGAGUUCUAGUAAUGGAGCCAAUGAAGGUGCAUCCCCUGAGAUUGUACUCAAAAGAGUUAGAACCAUUCGAAUAUAUGGACCCUUGUUUGCAAUAUCAUUUAUGUCAUUAUGGAUUCGUUGGGCUUGGCCUGGACUACAGUUUAUAUUGUGUCUCUGUCUGUAUGAUGGAUUUUUAACGAUCAUAGAUCUUAAUUUUAACGCAUUACUAGCAGAUUUGGCUGUGUCUGUUAGUGGAAGAUCGUACUUGAACAGUUACUGUUCUGUCUUUAGUGGUCUUGGCACUACUACAGUUUUUCUCUCUUAUGCAGUAUGGAAUCGAACCGAUUUAGUCAAAUUCCAGAUCUUUUGCGGCGUCCUUACAAUAGUCUCUGCGUUCGGAUUUUUCAUCAGUGCAACGAUUCUAAGUUCCGAAUAUCGUAAAAUGAAUAAAUUAAAUAUCCAAAGUGUCGAACCUCCUACCACAGCCAUGGGAGAAGGAAUAAGUAGAGACACAAGUCGUAGUCAAAAUGUUGGUGUACGACUGUUUUUAUCCCAAGUACUUAUUAACAAGAAUUUUUUAAGCUUUUCGGUGAUGAAUUUAUUGCAGGUUUUUCAUUGUCACUUCAACAGCAAUUUUUUCCCACUUUUCCUUCAUUAUCUUCUCGGGGAUUAUGUAUCCCCAAUCACUGCGUCUAUUUUGUUAGGGGUAUCAUUCGUGGUUCCGCAUUUUAGUAAUAUCUACUUGUUAUCGUUAUGUCGUCGAUAUGGAGUAUACAAUAUUGUCCAGUCGUUGUUCUACACGAAAUUAAUAAUAGGCUUGAUUAUGCUUACUUUUGGAUCACACUGGCCUCGAUUGUUAUGCCUUUUUAUUGUCAGUAAUAGGAUCUUCACGGAAGGGAUCUGCAAAUUAUUAAACCUAGCUAUUAGUGACCUAAUUGACGAGGAUUAUGUACAGUUUAAUCGCAAGGAACCGAUAUCAGCGCUAAUGUUUGGGGUAGCUGCUUUUAUCUCAAAGCCUGGUCAAACGAUUGCUCCUUUGGUAGGGUCUUGGAUGAUUGAGAGUGUUACCGGCAAAUCGCUUUUUAAAACAGAUUUCGGCGAAAUUAAAAUUUCAAACGAUAAUGAAAUGAAGAUCGUAGACUUUCGUCAAGGCUGUUUUAAUGUUUUGGUUGGUAUAUCCAUCGGAUGUGCUAUUGCACAAAUUGUUACAUGGUCCUUUUAUGAACUUCGUGAUCAAAAAUUAAAGGAUGUAAAGCAGGCGCGCAGAAAGAUCGAACUUGGAGAGGAACAACAGAAGAUUUACCCAGCUGCAUACUCUACGGUGGACGAAACCAGGCAGCAGAUGUAUAAUUAUGAUAUCAAAAAUGUGUAA